AUGCCUGAACAACCGGGAUCACCAUUUGAUGGGGAGCCUCCAUUGUCACCCUUUGACGACUCAUACGAGUUUGAUCAAUCAGAGAGUGAUAUUGGGAGAAGAAAGGGCUCUAUAUUGAAGAAACAUGGAACUGCAAGGAAGCCUAGAAAUGGUAAUGGAGUGGUCUUUCAAGAAGAUAAGCAGCCUGAAGAGCAGGAAAUUGCUAGAACGUUUGAUGAAGAUGAUGAAUACAUGCAUGAGGAUGAUGAUGAUGAUGACGCACACUCAUUCAAAGCGACGCCAAAGAUGGGCGGACCGUCAGCUGUCUUCGAAGAUGUGGCACUGGAUACCUAUGCAUCUGGUGGUAAUAAUGAUAAGCAUCAUGGCCAUAUGAAAAGACUCCGUAUGGGUACACAGAGGAAUAAAAAGGGAAGGCCCAAUGUUGGGAGAGCCAAGACCUUAAAAUGGGCAAAGAAGAAUUUCCACAAUCCUUUUGAAGAUAUGAUGAAAGAAGAGCCGGAUGAGAAUGCUCUUCACAAUCGUGCUAAUGAAUUGAGGACAAUCUAUUAUAAUUUGCCUUUACCGGAAGAGAUGUUGGAUGAGGAUGGGAAACCAAUUGCUCAGUAUUCUCGUAACAAGAUCAGAACCACCAAGUAUACGCCAUUGACUUUCUUUCCCAAGAAUAUUUUCUUCCAAUUUCACAAUUUUGCCAACGUUUAUUUCUUGAUUCUAAAUAUUCUUGGUGCAUUUGAAAUUUUUGGUGUAACGAAUCCAGGUUUGAACGCAGUGCCCUUGAUCGUCAUCGUUAUCAUCACUGCUAUCAAGGAUGCUAUCGAGGACUCGAGACGUACUGUCCUGGAUUUGCAAGUGAACAACACUAGAACUCAUAUCCUAGAAGGCGUUGACAAUGAGAAUGUACUGGCUGAUGAUGUUUCAUUAUGGAGAAAAUUCAAGAAAGCAAAUACUAGGCUGAUGAUUAAAUUCGUGGCAUACUGUAAAGGCCAUCUAACAGAAGAAGGAAGGCGCCAAAGGCUUCAACAGAAGCGUCAUCAGUUACAUGCGAAGAGAAGCUCUAUGGGUGACUUACCACGGAAUUCACUUGACUCUAUGGAAAGUUACAGAAUGUCGACCGAUUUCGGAAGACCUUCAGGGGACUAUGGCCGUCCAUCAAUGGAUAUGGACAAUUUAGGUCAUAUCGUUACUCAACAGGAUGACGUUAAUCUCAUUGAUCGAUCGAUACCUCCUGCUCCGGACUGUAAAUUCGCAAAAGAUUAUUGGAAAAAUGUCAAAGUUGGUGACGUUAUCCGUAUACACAACAAUGAUGAAAUUCCUGCCGAUGUGGUUUUACUGUCGACUUCCGAUGCAGAUGGUGCUUGUUAUGUUGAAACUAAAAAUUUGGAUGGUGAGACUAACUUGAAGGUUCGGCAAUCUCUGAAAUGCAGUUACCGCAUCAGGAACUCCCGUGAUGUGACCAGAACAAAAUUUUGGCUAGAUAGUGAAGGUCCUCACGCUAACUUGUACUCGUAUCAAGGUAACCUAAAGUGGAUCGACUCUAGCGAUGGUGAAAUGAAAAACGAACCUGUGACAAUCAACAACACUUUACUUCGUGGGUGUACCUUGAGAAACACUAAGUGGGCAAUGGGCCUCGUUGUCUUCACCGGUGACGACACUAAGAUCAUGAUCAACGCCGGUGUUACUCCAACUAAGAAAUCUAGAAUUUCAAGAGACUUGAACUUUUCUGUUAUCAUUAAUUUCUGUGUCUUAUUCAUUCUUUGUUUCAUCUCAGGUGUCGUCAAUGGUGUUUACUACAACAAAAACAAUGUUUCUAGAACGUACUUUGAGUUUGGUAAUGCAGCUAAUGGUGGUGCCGCACUAAAUGGUUUUGUCUCCUUCUGGGUCGCCGUUAUUCUUUAUAUGUCUUUGGUGCCCAUUUCGCUAUAUAUCUCUGUUGAGAUUAUUAAAACGGCACAAGCUGCAUUCAUCUAUGGUGACGUCCUCUUGUACAACGCCAAGUUAGAUUAUCCGUGUACACCCAAAAGUUGGAAUAUCUCCGAUGAUUUAGGUCAAAUUGAGUACAUAUUUUCGGACAAGACGGGUACUCUAACACAAAACGUUAUGGAAUUCAAGAAAGCUACAAUCAAUGGUGUAUCGUAUGGUCGGGUUUACACCGAAGCUCUUGCUGGACUGAGAAAGAGACAAGGUAUCGACGUUGAAAGUGAAGGUCAACGUGAGAAGGCAGAGAUUGCAAGAGACCGUGAUGUUGUCAUAAGUGAGCUAAAAGCAUUGGGCAAUAAUAGUCAGUUCAAUCCUGAUGACCUGACUUUUAUUUCAAAGGAGUUUGUUCGCGAUUUGCAGGGUCAAAGUGGUGAAGUGCAACAGAAUUGUUGUGAACAUUUUAUGCUGGCUUUAGCCCUUUGUCAUUCUGUUCUGGUUGAGCCACAUAAGACAGACCCAAGCAGACUUGAACUGCAAGCUCAAUCCCCGGAUGAGGCAGCUCUUGUCGGUACUGCCAGAGAUAUGGGGUACAGUUUUGUCGGCAAGACGAAGAAAGGCCUAAUCGUUGUAAUUCAAGGUGUUGAGAAAGAGUUCCAGAUACUCAACAUAUUAGAAUUCAAUUCAUCCAGAAAAAGAAUGAGUUGUAUUGUUAAAAUACCCCCAGCGAAUCCUCAGGAUGAACCAAAAGCAUUAUUGAUAUGUAAAGGUGCGGACUCCGUUAUUUACUCGAGAUUGAAACAAAGCGGAGCUGCUAAUGAUGAAACGCUACUGGAAAAGACAGCUCUGCAUCUCGAGCAAUAUGCUACUGAGGGUCUGAGAACCUUGUGUAUUUCUCAGAGAGAACUUUCUUGGGCAGAGUAUACUGAAUGGAAUGAAAGGUACGACAUUGCGUUUGCAGCUGUGACUAAUCGUGAAGAGCAAUUGGAUGAGGUUGCUGAUAGCAUUGAACGUGAACUUGUUCUUCUUGGUGGUACUGCUAUUGAAGAUCGUUUACAAGAUGGUGUUCCUGACUCUAUUGCUCUUCUAGGUGAAGCUGGUAUUAAACUUUGGGUUUUAACUGGUGAUAAAGUGGAAACUGCCAUUAAUAUUGGUUUUUCAUGUAAUCUUUUGAACAAUGAGAUGGAACUACUCGUUGUCAAGCACGAUGGUGAAGACGUUAGAGAAUAUGGUAGUCAUCCGUUGGAAGUUGUUCAAAAUCUCCUUCUAAAGUAUUUGAAUGAGAAGUUCGGCAUGUCCGGUUCUGAGAGAGAGCUAGACGAAGCCAAGAAAGAGCACGAUUUUCCAAAAGGUAAUUUCGCUGUUAUCAUUGAUGGUGACGCUUUGAAAAUUGCAUUGAGUAACGAUGAUGUCAAACGCCAAUUUCUACUUCUAUGCAAGAAUUGUAAAGCUGUCCUAUGUUGUAGAGUUUCGCCCUCGCAAAAGGCAGGCGUGGUCAAUUUGGUUAAGAAAUCAUUAAACGUUAUGACGCUUGCCAUUGGUGAUGGUUCUAACGAUGUCGCUAUGAUUCAGUCAGCCGACGUUGGUGUCGGUAUCGCUGGCGAAGAAGGUCGUCAAGCAGUCAUGUGUUCUGACUACGCAAUUGGUCAGUUCAGAUACUUAUCCAGAUUAAUUUUGGUGCAUGGUAAAUGGUCGUACAAGAGACUCGCUGAAAUGAUUCCUCAAUUUUUUUACAAGAACGUUAUCUUUACCGUGGCAUUAUUCUGGUAUGGUAUUUACAACGAUUCAGAUGGUUCAUACCUGUUCGAAUACACAUACCAGAUGUUUUAUAAUUUGGCGUUCACAUCUUUACCUGUUAUUUUCUUGGGAAUUUUGGACCAAGAUGUUAAUGACACGAUAUCGAUGAUCGUCCCACAGUUGUACCGAGUUGGUAUUCUGCGGACUGAGUGGAACCAGACCAAGUUCUUAUGGUACAUGUUUGAUGGGUUGUACCAAUCUAUCAUCUGUUUUUUCUUCCCGUAUUUGAUCUACCAUAAGACGAUGUAUGUGACACAGAACGGGUACGGUCUUGACCAUCGUUACUACUUUGGUAUCAUUGUGACAUCGAUCGCCGUUGUUUCCUGUAACUUGUACGUUCUCUUGCACCAGUACAGAUGGGAUUGGUUUACCUCAUUAUUCAUCGCGAUCUCGUGUUUAGCACUCUUCGGUUGGACCGGUAUUUGGACCAGUUCUUUGACCAGUCAUGAGCUUUGGAAAGCUGGUGCCCGUGUUUACAACACGCCGGCAUUCUGGGCCGUCUUCUUUGUCGGCGUUGUGUUUUGUUUGCUCCCACGUUAUACUCUGGACAACUACAAGAGAAUGUUCCAACCAAAAGAUGUCGAUAUUAUUAGAGAAAUGUGGAAACGUGGUGACUUUGACAAGUACCCAGCGGGCUACGAUCCAACGGAUCCCAACAGGCCCGAAAUACCUAAAUCAGCUCGAUUCGACUCUCAGCAUCUAACGAUCGGCGAUCCAAGCAAGAUGCAAGAUAACUAUUCCCGCGACACAGUGCUCACGGAAGAGAUACCAAUGACUAUCAUGCAAACGGAAAACGGUACUGGAAGACAAAUCGUGAAAGAAGAACCCUGGGCCUCCUCCCCUAGAGAAACCCAGGACUUACUCUAUUCACCCCGUCUCGAACAACAACAAGAAGAACGUCAAAAACGUAUGAACUCUUCACUCAGACCUUCCAGUGAACAUUCGCGCGGCAGAACGUCUCUGGAUCGUACCAGAAGCCAAAUGCGUGCUUCUAACGAGCUAGACACCCGUUAUUCACUCGACAGAGCUCGCACUUCGCUUGAUUUACCAGGAGUUACCAACGCAGAAUCGCUCAUGCGCAAGCGCAGCGACAACUAUAUAGACUAA